AUGCAGAGAUUGUCGGACAUUGUGAAGAACGAGCAGGUCGGCACCGGAUUGCAUGCUGUGAGUGCGUUCGGAUGGGUGGUCAGAGAGCGCGGAGCCCUGCUCAAGUCACAUGCACCGGCGAGCACUAAGAACCCGAUGGUUCAGGGGUUGAGGGCACUCAAAUCGGCGCUAGUGGAAUACAUCAAGAGAUGCGUUGCUGAGAGGCGGUCGGCGCCGUCCAAUCACCCUACUGGGCCAAGUACCUCCCCCCUCGACGACGACGGAAUCGAAACUAAGACGGCGUCUCAAGCUGGCGUGGAUCGCCCGGCGUAUUCCGGCGCGCACGACACUAGAACUAGCGGUCAUGUUGGCGGCGGUGGCGAGGCCGACUUGGUAGGAGGAGAGGAGCGGAGGGCAGGGUCCGUUGAGGAGUCAUCUACUGACUCAGAGUCAGAGUCGGGAUCCGAGGAGGAGGAUGAAGAGGAGGAGGAGGAGCGUGCAGGGAAGAAGGCUGUUGGUGCUGAGGCGGACACAGAUGCCGACCACGGUGCUGGUCGUGACCCGACGUCGACCGGCGGGACAAACGGAACUGCAGCGUCGGCUAAGGACAAGCCUCGUAGGAAGGCACCGCGUCUGGAAGAGGAGAACAUGAAACUGAGGGACGAGAAUGCGGGGCUGCGGUCGGAUCUGGUUACCGAGAGGUGUUGGACGGAGGGGUUGUUGGCGACGGCGGCUGAGUGCCUCGCGGCUAUCAAGUCGCUUACCGAACGCGUCUCCGCCGCCGAGCAGACCGCGGGGACACACAUCUCUACAGCCACAGCAGCCGUGACCGGCGUCUUCACCAAGGUGCUGGACGAUCGGGUUGCUCUGGUCAAGGCGUGCAGCAGCAUGGCGACGCCGUUGUUGGGGGAAAUCACAAAGGGCUUGGACAAGCUGGCCGUCGCCCGCCGUGAUGCCGACGUGCGGUUGGGGAACCACGUGACCAGCGUGGGGGAUAACGUUAAGGCGGUGUUGGCCGAUUACAUCCAGACCAAGUUAGCCUCAACUUCCACCAACAUUGUCGGCGGCUUAUCCUGCAGCAUCGUGCCGCCCACGCCCAGUCCAUCCCCCACGCUGCCUGAAGAAGUCAUCAAAGCAAUGAGGGAUGACAUUGUUCAGGCGGUUACCGCCUUCACGCAGCAGGCGCUGGGAACCGUCGGCUUCACGCUUCUGGCCAACGUGCUUGCUACAAUGAGGCUGGGGUGGCAUGGUUUGUCCCCGUCGGCCGGCGACCUGGAGACCGCGCAAAGGCAUAGGCCGGAAAAAAGGGCUGGCAGCGGAAGUGCAGCCGACAGUGACAAUGCGGGAAAUUCAAAGCGGAGUAAAGGUGUUCGUGGGGAGUGA